UGUGUAUACUGUCUUCGAAUGACGCAUACCGACUGACAGAUUAGCCGAUCAACAAUGAGGGCACUCGGCAGUCGCGCGAUGCAGUCUGAGUAGUCGUCAGGCGUCAUUCCAGCGAUCGCGGCUGAUCGCCGAUUCUUUUUGUUCACUAGACCGCGUGCGUGAUGACGUGAAGGAACGGACAACGCUACGUGCAAUAGAACAAAUUAAUCACUGCCUGGACUCUAUUACCUGUGGAGUAACUCUGCUGUCUGGAACAACAAAGCACGUGACUUGUUUGAACAAUAACGACAAAAACAUUGCUAUAACAAUAACGAUAUGGAGGGAGGUGUAGUAGAAAACUCGGACGGAGAUAAUCUGGACAGAUCCGACGAUGAGGUGGCCCUUCAAGGAUGCUGCAGCCCGAAAAAGGUGCCUUACCGAUUUUUGGGCUUGGCACUUAUGUGUCUGCUCGGAUUUGGUUCGUACUUCUGCUUCGAUAAUCCUGGAGCAUUACAAGAUAAUUUUAAAACUGACUUGCACAUGUCAACCAGUACAUUCGUUCUGCUUUAUUCCAUAUAUUCGUGGCCAAAUGUCAUUCUAUGCUUCAUUGGUGGAUUCCUAUUGGAUAGCGUAUUUGGAAUUCGGUUAGGUACAGUGAUAUACAUGGGACUUACAUUAAUUGGCCAGAUCAUCUUUGCAACUGGCGCUAUGAUUGAUACUUUUUGGCUAAUGAUGCUUGGUCGAUUUGUCUUUGGAAUCGGUGCAGAAUCGUUGGCGGUUGCUCAAAACAGUUACGCGGUCCUUUGGUUCAAAGGUAAAGAAUUAAAUAUGGUGUUUGGGCUGCAGUUGAGCUUCGCUCGGGUAGGAUCGACCGUCAACUUUUUAGUAAUGGAACCAGUAUACAAUUAUGUAUCUCAAUAUUAUAAAGGCCCAAAAUGCAUCGGCGUAGUUCUCUUCCUCGCAGCUCUCACCUGUGUGAUGUCGAUGAUAUGCGCCUGUGUAUUGGGUUUUAUGGACAAACGGGCCGAAAGAUUGCUUCGACGAGGAGAAGGACAAGAACCACAGGUUGUUAGCCUAAAGGACGUCAAGGAUUUCAAGCCAAUCUUUUGGUUGGUUGCAAUCAUUUGCAUUGCUUAUUAUGUUGCAAUAUUUCCCUUCAUUGCUUUAGGAAAAGUAUUUUUUGAACGAAAGUAUGAAUAUGAUCCAUCCGCUGCAAAUACAGUGAAUUCUCUUGUUUACUCAAUAUCGGCGAUAGCUUCACCUCUCUUAGGUUAUAUCGUGGACAGAGUGGGUAAAAAUGUAUCAUGGGUAUUUAUUAGCAUCUGUGUGACUAUUGUUGCUCAUGGGUUACUUGCUUUUACCUAUUUAAAUCCCUACGCGUGUAUGAUUCUUAUGGGAUUAGCAUAUUCUAUGCUCGCUAGUAGCUUGUGGCCUCUGAUUGCUCUCGUUACGCCAGAACAUCAGCUUGGGACGGCUUACGGAAUAGCACAAUCUGUACAAAACUUGGGCCUCGCUGUAGUCGCGAUUGUGGCUGGUAUAAUUGUCGAUAAAGGAGGAUAUUUAAUGCUCGAGAUGUUCUUCCUCGGUUGGCUCUGGAUUUCACUGAUAACUGCCGGUGCAAUCUGGGUGACGGACAUGGCAAUGAGUGGUGGUUAUCUCAACAUGACACCAGGACAAAGAGAACGAUAUGAGGCAGUUCAAUGCACGCCUGAAAGUUUGGAGCGAGAAAAAUUGCUGUCAUCGGAAUGUACAUCGGAUUUCUCAGCUGACAGUCUUAUGCAACCACAAUCUGACAUUAGUAUACGAAAUCGUUAUUUGUCUCGUAUUGGUGCAAUGGUACCGCCUCAUGCGAUUACACCGAUUCAUAGACCAUUACGAUGAUAAUUUAGUUGCAAAUUCUUAAUAUAUAGGUGUGUAAAAGAUACUUUUAAAUUUCGUCGAAAUGUUCGCUCAUUGUGUCUUCCUAUUACACACAGCUUGAUCUGUGAUAAUUUCGUGACGCAGUUCUAUUCAAGAUCUUUUUUAAUUGUAUCGUGGCCGUGUUUUGAUAGACUCGAUCGCUGUCGAUAUUACAACAUUGCAUAAUAUGUGUUAUAUUGAAACUUUUAUUAAUUUUUAUGGCGAUGUCACAAUUAUAUCUUUUAUCAAUGAUGAUUGUGGAGUGUAAAUCAUUGAUCUCUACCUCUAAAAAGAGA